AUGGAAGCAUAGUUUGCAGAUUCCUCUGCAAAGCUUACUGAGAAAGUGAAAAUGCAGUGCAUAUAUCCAAAAAAAAAAAAAAAAGCUGUGAUAAUCCAGACAUCCUGGAUGAAACUUAAUGUAACUCUUAGAGAAAAUACAGCUGUCUUGAAUCCAACCUAUGGCAUACAUACCAAAGACAAAUACAAUAGAAGAAUUUAUUUUGAAAAUAAUGCUCUUCAUCGAGAGCACUUUGGAAGGCAUUCAACUUACAGAUUUGAGUACCCUGUAAAUCACAUAAAAAGUGGAUUGAAUACCAGAGAUGCUUUUGAAGUGUCUGAGAAACAAAAUAAUCCCAUGUUUACCAAGCCAGGAGGAAAUGUUGCUUUUACUUGCCCUGAUAAAAUUGGAGAUUCAGUGCAGUGAGUGAUGUGGGAAGGGAUUAAAGCAGAUUGGGUAGAUAUUGUCAUUCUGUGCAACUCGUCAGGAAAGCAAAGCUUUAGUUUAGAUUUCAAAGAAUGUACACCAGUGGAUUGCUCUGAUCAGGAAAACUCCAGGAUUGUCUUUCAAAACAUUACAGCCUCUGACUUUGCGAUGUACUUUUGUGUAGUGGCUGGGAGAAACAAAGACUAUAUGAUGAAUUUUACUAUGGCUGUUAAUACUCUCUGGCACAGACAAUGGCUUUCUCUGGUGGGUAGCAUAACAGCUGGUAAAAAAGACAUUAUAGUUUUUCCUGAAUUUGAAGCAGCUUGGGGUCAGAAAUGGCUUAUUAUCUAUCCAGCUGAAAGAAUUUCUGCUGCUGUUUUGGUGUUAGAUUUCCUACUGAUCUUCUGCAUCACCACUGUUUAUCACAAAAAAGUGAUCUUCAGAAAGAAGAGGAGGAUCACAGAUGCUUUAUCAAAAGUUUUGUACUCUAUUCAGAUCUGGUACAAUGCAUUGAGAGUUACGAGAAGAGGACGAGCAUCUGAAUAA